CAAGGGAAAAAAGGAUGCCGCACAGCAGCAAUCCACGUCCGCAAAGGUGCAAUCAAUGAACGUCGAUGAGCAAACCGUAUCCGGAACCAUGCCGGUGCUGAAGAAGAACGAAAGUUCCUUGUAUGAAAGUUUUCUGCUUACUUCCGGUCAAUCGAAACCUCCGAAAUAUCCUGGCCGUUACAGCUACCAUCAGCCGGUGACGGCGUCGGUAACGGACGCUCGAAGCAUCGAAGGCGGUGUUGAUGGUGAUUCGGUACCGCGUAGUUGCUCCGAGAACGUGCUGCGGCGAUCGGCCAUGGGCGAAUCCUUUGCCCAAACUGGCCAUCAGCAACCUCAUCAUCAUCAUCAUCAUCAUCACCAUCAUCACCAUCACCCUGUCUCGCAGCAGCACCAUCAUCCGAAUGGUCAGAUGAAACCAACACCAUCUGCACCGCCUUCGUCGGGUAGUGGAUUAAAGUUGCAACCGAGUGCCGUCACUGCUGGUACACCCCAGUCACCGACAGGAGCGAGCCCCUGCUACUCACUGCUGGUAGGGUCCACCAGCUCUACCGACACGCCAACGGACACGACCAGUAACGGAGUGCACACGCCCAUCUACGAUGAAAUGGACAUUGCCGGUGCCCUGGUCGCUCAUCUCGAGCUACAGAAUGCCAAAGAGACGGCGGAUGGUUCGGGGCCACCGCCGGUUGUACCGAAGCCAAGUAAGCGUUGUUCCGCCGAUCUGAAGGCCAUGAAGCGGGAUCUUUCGCUCGAUCUGAGCGGCAGCACCUCGAAGCUAAGUGCCUCGAACUUCACCUCCGACACGAACACGACGACCAACACGAACACCACCAACACUAGUCAAUCGAUGACGCCCAGUGAUUUCGGCUAUCAGAACCUACACCCGGAUCUAUCGCCGAAUGGUGCGGGCGAAGGAACGACGGCUGGUGGUGUCGUCGGACCGGUCGAGAUGGCCACGUUCGGUCAAAAGCCGAAACCCGGCACACCGAUCAAGGCAACCAUCAACAUCACAUACAACGUUCGCUCGCCGGUGCGCAAGGAGCAGGAAGGCAACAUGUUCGCAACGCCCCCGGUAACGCCGGAAAGACAAAUCGCUCCUCGUGAGAUCGUUGGCGAUUCGACCGAGUUGAUCGCCGAGGAAGAGUAUCGCAGGGAGCGCCGCAGUAUCUACGAGAACGUACUCGUUCCACCAACGGUGGAUGAGAUGGAGAAGGAAGAGGAGUCAAGCUCGUCCUCGAAGCGCCUACUGGAGACGAACUUUGAUGAGACGAUGGUCUACGAGCAGGUGAAACUGCUGAAAAACGUCAUCUCCGAGGUGAACAAUCUCGUGCAGGAGGAUAUCGGUGAGCCGGAUCGCUCGGCGGUUGAUUCACGCCAAGUACCCGACAUUAGUGCCGGUGUCGCAUCGGAAGCCGUAGAGGAUGGUCUUAACAACAAUGCGGCCGGUGGCAAUGGGCUGAAACAGUGCUGCGAGGAUGAAUCGGCAGCGAGCGGUGCAGGUCCGAUGACACUGGGCGUAACGGAGGAGGAAAGCGACGAUGUGCCAAUGUCGGAUGUAAACGAAGACAGUCUCGAAUUCGACAAUACGGACAUUUCGUUGUACGAGAACGUGGAGCUACGCAAGAAACCCGCCUUCCCGGUGUACGAGAACGUUCACGAGCAUCGACAGCGGGCGGUAGCGAGCACCCGGUCCGCUCUUGAGGAACACUUGUGUCCACUGGGCGACACAUCCACCAAGUCCGUUGUGACAGAUGACGAGUUUUCUUCACUCUGCGCCGAUCGAAGUGAUCUCGAUAACGAGAUGGAAUACCGUAUCGAGGUACCACCGAAGAUCGAACUGAAUGCAUCACCAACACAGAACGUUAGCGUGAAGGAGCUGGCAACCAAGUUCGAGACGAGUCCGGUUGAGGCGCUUCCACCGUUCGAUUUCGGUGUGAACCGUGGCAACCAUAAUCACUUUCGCUCCUCGUUGAACAACGGUGGUAGUACAGUGUCUGCUGCGGCAGCCCCGGACCGAUCGAGCGAUCGUGUAACGAUCCGCAAUAAGUCAGCGAACGGUGGUGGCUCGGGUAGCGGUGGCAAAGAGGGGGGAGUUUUUGCUAGCUUCACCCGCAGCCUGGAUGAAAACGCAUUCGUGCGUGAGUUUGGCAGUGGCCGCCGGCUUGAGGGCUUCGUGGCCGGUUUUACGAAAAGUAUUGCCCAAAUAUCGGAAGCGGAAAAGAAUGUACUCAACGAAAAUAAUACCAACCGACGGAAAUCGCUUGAGCUUUCCGCUGCUCGACCGCGCAAUCAGCCAAAGAAAUUGCCACCUCUCUCGGGCAAUGGUGGAGCUGGUGCUCCUACCGGAGUGGAGAAUGUGGACACCAGCAAUGAGGCCGAUGGUCCGAAGCAACACGGCACCGAAUGCUGUCGAGGGAAAUCGAUGGCGAGCAGUGGCGUUAGUCAAAAGCUGAGUUCCUCUCCCCGCGGAGACACAUCACCGGAUGCGAACAUGAAGCUU